CCUUUGAAAAAACACUUAACCAGUUUUGUUUGAUAAGUUCAGAGUUUUUUCAGACGAAGAGACAAGCUAAUCGCACGUGCUUAGAUGGUAGCGGGCGCUCUUUAGGAAUCACAACUAACUUAAACGCUAGUUAAGUUACACUUUAAAAAUACUUGAUGCCUCUUUUUCUCGUAACAAUGACAUGUCGGCGGUUUCGUGUCAUGUUGUGUUUAUAGCCAUUUUCUCUCUGUUACUCAACUAAAACUUUAAUACUGUGAGUAAGAACAGAUAACGAUGGGUUGCAGUUAUUUUCUGACGGUUGCACUCACUAGACUUGCAAAAGUUGUAUGUAAACAUAUCAUACCUUACGUUCGCAAUGGAAAACUAGUUAGUGCCUAACGUUACAUCAUACUGUGUACAACACAGUAACGUUAAACAUAGUAAAACGGUACAUAUUAUCGAAGAUUUCAUUCAGACAUUGCCAGACGACCUCAUUGGUGAGAGGAAAUUGUCAUAUUCCACUCAGUAUACAGUACACUGCAGAUAUAUUGUUUCUCUGGAUUUUUGUUUGUUGUCUUCUCAGCACCCAGUUAUGUUUGCUCACAGCAGCCCAGGGUGCCACAGUCACCUGUACAAUUCCAUACGUUCAUAUCUCCUCAAUCAGAACAGAGCACAGCCCAUCAUUGGUCUGAACUCCAUCACAGAGGUUUUGGCAUAUAAUCAGCCUGCAUUGUACUUUUGUGAUGUCUGCAUUUUGAGGAUAACCAAGGCUGAUAUCAGGAACCACAUCAUGGGCAGCAUUCACAGAUACAAUUACAUUAAAUCUCAUCAUGCACAUGGGUGGACGUCUGAUACAGACCUGACUCUUUUGGCUCGCCCUCUAAUGGAUAUCGCAAAAAAGGUUGAAAAGAAGGAGGGAACAGGUGAUAUACAGGUUCUGAGUGUGGAUGCAGUCAUCUACAAGGAGAUGGCAUCAUUGCCAGUCCCUGAUGCUUUUGUUCAGAUGAAGAAGAUCAAGGAUCAGCCAAACCCCAAUGCACCUAAUUUGCUUGUUCACAACAGCCCGUCUGAAGGUAAAGAAACCAGUGCUCAAGAGCAGCAAGAGUCUGACAAUAUGAAUGGGACUGCACAACAUCCAACUUUAAGAUGUUUGGUCCCAACACAGUGUGUAUCUACGACACCAUCGAGGUCAAAGUGUUCAAGUUGGAUUGAACCCCAACACGUCUCAACCAAUCCAACACCAAAUCCAUCUCUCCAUAGAACCGCAGGUCCUGUCAAAACAUUAUUCACAUGCCAGGAUGUAUCUACACCUCAGAGUCUAGUGGAUUCUCAUGUUUCAUCUAGAAAACCUUUUCUAGAAAGCUCCCCAGCUCCAGUCCUCAGCCAACACAUAAAUCAGCAUCAACCAAUCCCAGUUAGAAGCCUUCAACGAUACAUAAUGCCAUCUGAAAACCAGUGUUGUACUGAAGCAAGGACAAUCUCUGUUGUAAGACCACCAAGACAGUGUAUCCCCAUCAGAAUUCUUGGCGAGAAUGACAUUGUGCAUGCUGGUGAAGAUGAUGGGAACAAUUCUGUCCAGUCAUUUGGAGUCAGCUAUGAAUCACAUCCAAUGCACCUGGCCCAAUCCAUUCCAUAUGAAAUCCAGCGGCAAACACCAUCUCUUUCAGUGAGCCACAUGGUACCAGAGUUAACCCAGGAUCUAUCAAACAGGCAUGGAUUUUUCAGGAUUGAAAGCUCACCUGAUAGUCCAGAGCCUGUCAGAGAUGUGGAGAUCGUUAUCAAGCAGAUCAGAACCCAAAUGCUAACAGAAGCACUGGAACCGGCCACAACGCAUGAUUUAAGUCUGUUCCAUGAUGAGUCUAAUUUACAAGAACCAAUCAACACCAGCUGGGAAGCACAUGAGGAGCCUCAAUCAGACACCUUAGCAGAGGAAAACACCUUUGUGUUCUCACAAAGUCCAAUUGCCCAGUCUCCUCUUACUCAGACUCAAAGUCCUUCUGAUCAGUUUCAAUCAAUAGAAGAUUUUCUAGAAAAUUACAAUGGUCGAAAGCCUCUUAUCGGUCUACAAGCUAUUAUUAAGUGCCAGAGCGUGGAUGGGAAUCCACCUCCGUGCUGUUACCUGUGUCAGCUGUGCUCUUUGAAGCUGAAGAAGAAAAAAAUAUUCCGCCAUUUGACUGGCUGUGAUCACCAGCGAAACUACUUAAAAGCUCUCCAUCCGAAGCUCUUGCCUAAAAAGCAUAAACACUGCAACACAAAUGAGAUGCUUGAGGAUAUUGCUAUCCAGCUGGAGAAAGAGGAUGGAAGAGGACAUAUUAAGGUGAUGAGGUUGUCUGCAUGUCUCAUGAGUGAGGUACUGGAAAAGGAUUAUCAUUGGUGCAUGAGGGUGUUGAACUGUGGAGCCGAUGUGGGGUGGAGAUCAGGUCUGUUGUCUUUAAAGGAAGGAACUAACAAAACCACAGGUUCAAGUCAGACUCUUAAACGUCCAGCAGAGUCUAUGCUGCCCCCUUCUGAUGCACGGGCUUUUAUAGCUCCUGCUGGAGCUCCAACCCAUCAGAUGUCCAAAAAAAUAAAGAAGGAUCAUCCUAAGAAAGUAGUAUGUACAAACAAAGUUAAGGAGCCUGUGUUUAAGGUAAGCCUGUCACUGCAGGAGGGACCUGUUAUCAUUGAGAGAACAUCUCUAAGAGAGACAACCACAGUGGCGCCUGAGAUCGAAGACCAAAGCCCUGCAACCACAUGCACAGACAAUGAUGCACCGCCUUUAGAGACUAACACACAUUCUGAAGUUCAAAUGAGCUUUCACAGCUGUAUGUAUGAGACACAGUUCACAAAUCCUGCUCAUUAUGCAUACUCGGGGCAGUUUGACCAGUCUCAGGUUAUUCAAUGUCUCGAGCCUUCUCUCAGACCUAGGGACUGUGGUCCAGUGGAUGAGGUGGUCACUGUCACGUAUGCUGAUUGGCCGCUGCAGGACUGGUCUUGCAAUAACAACCAGUGGAUUGUAAUGAGGCAAAACAGGGAUGGAAGUGAUUAUUCUGAGUGUACAAGUUACAUGCAGUACUGAUGAGAAUGAGUCUUGAAGCAUCAACAAAGUUUGAGCACUUUUUUGAGAAGAUGCUGAGAAAUGAUUUAGCAACAGAAUUCCAUCCAAAGGGUUUUUUUUCUUUUCUUUUCUUUUUUCACUAUUACAAUAUUUUUCAGUAUUUUUUUUAACAGCCAUGUCUCUGAAGCUGGUAAGAGAUGGGACCGAACCAUUACUGAGUUACUAAAUUAUUUGUAUUUAGUAAGCUUAAAAACUUAAAAGGGCUUCUACAUAAUAUAUAGAUAUUGUUUGUUCUUAUCUUUAGUAAUGCAGAACAAUACACUGAAUUUGUCAAAACCUAUGCUAUAAUUUUUUUUCUGUUCAGAAUUUAAUGGAUUUUUCAUCAGUAUUAUUCCUUUAACUUCAUCCUCCAUCAAAAAGACAUUAUUUGUUAGUUACUUCCUACCUUAGCUAUAUAUAUAUGUAUAUAUAUGUGUGUGUGUGUGUGUGUGUGUGUGUAUAUAUAUAUAUAUAUAUAUAUAUAUAUAUAUAUAAAUAUAUAAUAUACACACACAUAUAUAGUAACAUUCAAAAGAGCAUUGCUUUGUUCCACUUAACAGAUAUAAAUAUUUUCUGUAACCAGUGAAUACAUAUAUCUGUUAACUUGGAAUCAGUAACAUUAACUUUGAAUUAGUAUUGAACAACAGAUUUAUUAUUUGCUGGUAUGCUGUCCUGUGUCAUAGCUGAGGUCAGCAAGAAAUACAAACACAUGCAUUUAUUACUGACUUCACAAGAACGAUUCCUGUUUAUAGACAUUCAUAAGCCAAAUGGUUGUUGUUUAAGUUAUACAUGUGAAAUGUAUUGACUUUUGUUCAAAUGUAUGCUUUAGAAUCCAAAAAGUAUGUCUAUCUGGUUUGAAACUACAAGC